CCCACAAUGACAGACUGUUUGGAUAGCUUAUUUAGCAGCAUGGCCAAUACAUUUAACAAUGAGGUGGAUUUAAAUAAUGCUGAAGUCAAUUUGGCCGAAGAUAAAACACUAAAGUGGCGUAAUUUGUCCAAAAAUCAAUUUGCCUCAAAAGAUAAAGAUAAGAAGGGCGGCAGCAGCAGCAGCAGUAAUGGAAAAACUACACCAACAGUAGCUGGCAAUGAUGAUGGUGGUGUGGCGGCGAUAAGGACAGAAAGUCAGACCACCAACACCUCUGAUACAAUUAGUCCCAAAAAAGAAGACCAGCAACGGCAUGAGGUAAAAACCGAACACCAGGAGGAGCAAAUGCUGAAGGAGGAGGUAAAAUCCCCCAACACCACCAACAGCAGUACAACGUCAUCGCCGUCGACGACCCCUACCACCACAGAUACAACAAAGUCCGAACAACAAUUAUUGUUGGUCGAAACAGCAGCAGCUGACAGCAUAAAUAUGGCCAAUAAGAAAGUCAAUAAAAAAAGCUCUGGCGAAAAUCACCAUCAUCAAGGUCAGCCAGUUUUGUUUGUUGGUACUGCUGCUAACACCAGCACAGCAACAACAACACCAACGGAGACCCAAAACCUCCAAUUAUCUAAAAACAAUAAUUCCACUGGUGUAAAAAACAUAAAAGCGGAAGAAGAGAAUUCAUUAAAUAUUGAUGGUGGCAAAACACCCACAACAACAACUACAAAUACUACAACAGUGACGACAACGUCAUCAGCAGCAGCAUCAUCAACAGCUGCUGCUGCCACCUCUGUUUCUACUUUGAUUUCUGAUCAACAACAAGUUGUUGCAGUUAAAAAAUCUAAUCGCAAUUCAUGCGGUGAUGAUGACCAACAACAGCAGCCACAGAAUCAUCAACAUCAUCCUAUUGCAAACAAAACCGAAAGCAAAGAUAAUCAUGAUGGUAAUCUCUUGCUCAAUCAAAACAAAGAUGUUGAGGUAAACAACGACAGCAGCAGCAGCAGCACGACUAGUCAAGCAACAACAAAAACUAAUACAGAGCCAACGCCGUUACUGGUGCUCGGCAACGACGACGACAAUAAAGUGCAGAGAGUAACGGCCUCUCUCACCACACAACAUCAUCAAAGGGAGACUAGUGGUGGGGGCAGUGAGCAUAAUACAAAUGAUGUUGAUGACUGCUCUGCCGCCGCCACAGCAACUAAGCCAGAGAAUGAAACGACUAAAGGCAAAAACAAUAACAAAAACAACGUUGAGGGUAAUGAUGGUGAUGGUGUUGAUAAUAAGAAUAAAUACAAUAACAACAGCCAUGCAAAGGCAAACACAAAUCAAAAUCAAUCAAAAUUGGAAAAUCAAAAUAAAGCAACGACUGACGUUGUUGAAGAAGAAGAGAGCCAGACUUCAUCCGAGGUGUUAACUAUUAAUAAAGUGGCUGAUAAAAAAAUUAACACCCCCUGCACAACAACAGAUGUUGAAGAAGGUGAAAGGAAACAAGACGGUUCAAAAGAGGGUGGUGAUGUUGGCGCUGGGGUGGUUGAUGUUAAUAGUAAAAGUGUAACAGUAAAAGCAAAUGCCGCCGGCGUUGCUACUACAACGGCGUCGUUGCCGUCAACAACAAUCAACUGCACUGUCACAGCUGCUAAUGUCGUUGACAGCAUUGCUGCUGAUGAUGAUGAUGAUGGCGGUGGGGAUGUUAAAGGUGCAAAAACUGAACCUAACAUUGAUUCCGAUGUCCCUAUGACCAAUUUGGAAAUUCCCCUCAACAAUGAAUGCAACUUGUCACAAAUCAGUCCAAAUCCCACUGCAAGCGAUAAAGAAAGCAAUGAAAAAGUCAAUACAAAUCAGGCGCUAAAUAAACGUGGCCGUGGUCGUAGUAAGAAAAUCAACAAUGCAGAAGGUGAGGGAAGCACCACAAACAACACGCCUGUAACGCCCGCAGUGGAAGCGGCCAGUGAACAAAAUAAUUCCCCCACUUCCAAUGAAAGGCGAGCGCCCGGACGAAAACGUAAACAAUUGGAUGAUGAGUCCAAUGAGGCGGCCAACAAACAUCAUGAGGAUGAGGAGGGUAAACGUAUGAGACGUAGUGAGAGAUUGUGUAAUCGUUUGGAUGGUUUUAAGAUAUUGGAUGAAGAUGUCCCCCUCAAUCACCAUCAUAUGGAUGACUCCCCCACCCGCAAAGCCUUGCGCAUACAAAUCGAUGAAAAGACACCACCCAAAAAACGGGGACGCAAGGCAAAAAUACAAAUUGAAGCUGAGAAACAACAUACCGAUGAACAAAUUUCGCCCACUGUGGCGGCAGCAAAUGCCAAUAAACGCCAUACCAGUGCCACUACGGCAACAACCACAAAUGAUGGCGGUUCGGUUAUUGUUCCAAAACGUUCACAGCGACGCAUUAAACCCACAACCAAAAUACUCGAAAAUGAUGAGCUACGUUAUGAAUUUGAAACCAAGAAUAUUGUACGCAUGACAGCCCAAAAUUUGGAUAGUUUAGAGCAGAGUGAUGCCACAACACCCACCCAUCAAGUUGUACAAAAUUCCAGCAGUGGUGGUGGAGCAGGUUCAAAAAUGAAAAGUGAAAAAUCCGAGGAUAGUAAUGGUGGUCAGCAACCACAUCCCAGUGGUUCAAGUGCCAUAAAAAAGAAACUCUUUACCAAGUCACGCAAAGAAAUGGAACAGCCACGGAAACCACCAUGUCCAGAUAUUGAUAAAUUUCUGCAUGAAAUCAAGACUUCCAAAUUGAAUUUAAAUCGUUCGCCGGAAGAUAAGAAACUGAGUAAGAAACAGCAACGAAAAUUGGCCAAACAAAAAGAGCGACAUUUGGAGAAGUUGGGUUUGCGUCGCAAUGCCAGCGAUGAGAUCAGUGACAAUGACAGCCUGAGUGAUAAUGAGGAAUUUGUACCGGCCAAAAGGGUACAGGUGGGUAAGCCCAGUGUUACGUUGAGGGUGCGUAAGGAGUCGACACCGCCGCAACCACAAGUUACACAUCAACAGCAGACGGGGGUGGUCACAACAAAAAGUGUAACAAACCAAACCUCAGGAGGCAAUUCCUUAACUUCCAAUACCCGGCGUAAACAAAAACAAACCUCUAGUGAAAAAUCCUUGGAAUUGGAUGCCAAACAAUUGCGAAAUUUAAAUGCCUCGGCUGUGGCAGUUACAAAUUUACCAACAAGCACUACCACCACUACCAAUUCCAAGAAUGUAAAUUUAAUAUGCCUUUGCCAGGCCACUUCCAAAUAUUAUACCCCCAAGACACCAGAGACCCAGUACUGUUGUGCCAUUGAUAACAUCGAUGAUUUAAAGGUGGGCUGUUCCAAUCAAUUAAAUGGUGAAAUACUUAAUUUGUUUAGACCCAGUCAAAGGGUAGGAUAUUUGGUCUUAUGUGAUGAUCACAAAAGACGGCUGCAGACCCAUAAUUCCUGUGCUGAAUGUGGCAUUUUUUGUACACAGGGCGAAUUUGUCUUGUGUAAAAAUCAUCACUUUUUCCAUGCUUCGUGUGCCCAACGCAUUGUACUCAGUUCCAAAUAUGAUCCCCAGCAACCUGCCUCGAAAACUGCCAGUCGCACUUUGGUAUUGAAAUGCCCGCACUGUGGCAUAGAUACGGCGGAAAAGACCACCACAAUUACCAUGAAAAGUCAAACGGUGCCAAUAUUUUCGGCAACACAAAAACCACCUUUGGCGGCCGGCAAUAACAACAACAAUAACAGUUCGGGUGGUGCUAAAACGAAUAGUAAAAAUAAAUCUGCCAUUAAUUGUUUAAUGGACUCACCCAUGACCUUUAAACCAAAUACCAAAAUCAAUUAUGAACAUCUUAUACCGGAAUCGGUUAUGAAUGUUGUGGCUGCCCGGGGACGUUCACGCAGUACCGCCACACUCACAGAGUUCACAACCAAAGAUAUGUAUUAUGCCGUUAAGAAUGAUGAUUUGGAAAGGGUGGCGGAGAUAUUGGUUUCAAAAUACGAUGUCACCUCCAGCAUGCGUGAAUGCUACAACGGCACCUGUUUGCAUUUGGUGGCCACCUUUGGUACCCUACAAAUGGCCUAUUUGUUGCUGUGCAAAGGCAGCGGCGGUGAUUUCAUUAAUAAAAUGGAUCAGGAAAUGCGCACCGCGGUUAUGUGUGCCGUCAAUGAGGGCAAAUAUGAUAUUGUUAAUUUGUUUAUACAACAUAGGGCGGAUUUGGCCAUAAGGGGUCCCGAUGGCCACACAGUCUUGCACAUUGCUGCCCGCACCGGCAAUUUGGAAUUAGUACAAUUAAUCGUCUAUAGCUAUAAGGCCAGUAAGAAUAUAUCACAAUUUUUAAGUUUCAUAAAUGCCCAAGAUGAUGGAGGCUGGACGGCCAUGGUGUGGGCGGCCGAAUUGGGUCACACAGAUAUUGUGAGUUUACUUUUACAACAAGGUGCCGAUCCCAAUAUCUGUGAUAAUGACAACAAUACGGUAUUGCAUUGGGCUGCCCUGCACAAUAAUGAUUUGGAUACCAUAACAGUAUUAUUGCAGACCGGUAUCAAUUGUAAUAUACAAAAUGUGGAGGGUGAAACACCGCUCCACAUUGCUUGCCGCCAUUCGAGUAAAAAUCUCAGUCUCCUCCUUAUAUUCAAUGGUGCCGAUUUAAUGCUGAAAAAUCGUGCCGAUGAGUUACCCUAUAAUUGUAUACCAAAUGAAAAUUCCGAUUGUGCCCGACAUGUCGGUUUUCAAAUGCGUAUGCAUGCUCUACAUCGUCGUCGUUCGCAUAUUGUUUGUGCCGAUAUAUCGAAUGGACGUGAAUUAUGUCCCAUACAGGCAUUACGUAAUGAAAAUAAUAAUAUCACACCGAUUGAUGAAUCGGAUCAGAUAAUGUUACCAGAUUUUCGUUAUAUUACCGAUACGAUAAUUUUGCAGAAUUCCGUGCAAAUCGAUAGGAGAGUGUCACAAAUGCGUAUCUGUACAUGUUUAGAUGGUUGCAUUACGGACAGCUGCCAGUGUACUGGUGCUUCGGGUCAAAGUUGGUAUACCGCAGAGGGCCGUUUAAGCUCCGAUUUUAAUUAUGAAGAUCCGGCAAUAAUAUUUGAGUGCAAUGAUGUCUGUGGCUGUAAUAAGCGUUUCUGUAAAAAUCGCGUGGUGCAAAAUGGCAUUACCAUACCGCUACAGGUGAUGGAGUGUGAAGAGACCAACAAAGGUUGGGGAGUGCGCAGUAUGGUCCAUAUACCCAAGGGUACAUUUGUGGCCACCUAUACGGGAGAAAUUCUCACCGAUCAUGAGGCCGAUCGUCGCAUGGAUGAUAGCUACUUUUUCGAUUUGGGUAAUGGCCAUUGUAUUGAUGCUAAUUAUUAUGGCAAUGUUAGCCGUUUCUUUAAUCAUUCGUGUGAGGCAAAUAUUACACCCGUUCGGGUAUUCUAUGAACAUCAGGAUUAUCGUUUUCCGAAAAUUGCAUUUUUCACAAGUCGUGAUGUGGAGUCGGGUGAGGAGUUGUGUUUCGAUUAUGGUGAAAAAUUCUGGUUAAUGAAAAAUCGUUAUUUGUCGUGUAAAUGUAAAACGGCAACUUGUCGUUAUGCCAAUUUGACGCAACAAAAUCCCAUGGUCAAUGGUGGUGUGGCGUCCGCCGCAACAACCACGGUUAUAGAGGUGGACGAUGAUGAUGAUGACGAUGAGGAUGAUAUAACGGAAACGACCUCAGCCACAACAGCAUCCCUGAAUCAAUCAGCAAAUAUAGCUAUUGCCAGUACAUCAUCGACAACAACAACAAAUCUUAUACCAGCUGCGGCUGCCCAACUUGUACAAAAUUUGGAAGAUGUUUCCAUAAUUAGUGUUAGUCCUCAGGUUACAUUAACUCCCAUAAAUCACAAUAACAAUAUGACGGCCCAUAGCCAGUCGUCGGGUGGUGGUGUAAAUCAUGCAGUGGCAGGGAAUCAUCAUCACCCUUAG